AUGUUGUCCGUGAGUCGCUGUUUUGAUCGGGAUACCAUGGAAACAGGAAUAACCCUGUUUGUCAUGCAUGUAAACGGAAUUCGGAAUGUUUCAGAAACCGGAAAACAAGACCUUCAACCGAAUAUUGACCGCAUGUAAACCAGUGUUGUUUUCGUUGACGAUGACGUUGACGAAAAUAUUUCAUCAACGUCAUCGUUAACGAAAACAACACUGCAGAAUAUAUGUUUAGCGUUUGACUGACGAAAUGCUCAUGAACUUUGCAACUCUGUUCGUCGUCCACCACUUACGUUUUCGUCUAGUCUGAUCUCGUUGACAUAAACGCACAUUCGUCUCGUCACAUUUUAGUCAUCUAAGACUUAUGUUUAGCUCGUAAACGUCACAUCUUCGUCGUGGAAAAAAAGGGGCGUUGACGAAACAACACUGAUGAACACAUAGCCAAUAGAGUUCUUGGAUCUUUCAAACCCUGGUCUCAAAGUCUCAAAGUGAGGCAUCUAAAACAAAACAAAAAAACAACAACAAUGUACGCAGCAACUAAAAGUAGUACCAUACAAAUUACGUUUGAGCGUAAAGUUGAUGUGCUUUGCAUGAAAAAAUAAAGUUUCUAACCAUAAAGAAAAACAGCAUCAGCCACCAUUCUGACGACAAAUUUGACCCAGAGUCGAUAAGUCAUUUCCAUAUUGAUGUUUCAACUUGAGCAGACAUCAAAUAGCAUUUUCUAACCCAGAGUCUUCUAGUUCACCCUCCUCCAUGCAUUUAGUUUCUUAAAUUAGUUAAAGCUCGCAGACUUUUGAUAACACUCUCGGGAAAUGAAAAGUGAAAACUUCAACAUCAAUUAGCAUAUGCAAAUUUGGCCCGUGAUCCCUCGGGGUGAUUUCCUAGAAACUUUCAGGGAACAGCUGCUGCCUUUGGAAAGUGUAAACAGCUCAAUCAAUAGAUGGAAAAUGUUCUAAUCAACAUUUUGAAAGUGACGGUCCCAGAGUGUGUGAGCUGUCCGAGAGCCUGAAUCAGUUUACAGGAAGUGUUCCCCAAACAAGGAUGAGGACUGUAAACUUCAGGCACUCGAACCGAGUCAUCGGUUCAUAAGUGUCACUGUCAUCAUUGUUCAGAAAGGCGGGAUUUCACAGUUACACACAACGGGGAGUCCACAGAGGCCGGGGAAUGACAGUAAACAAAUCUGAUUGGACAAAAGAGUGAGCAGGAGAAUGAUGGCGGCGUGAUCAGACAACAAACAACAUCUGGAGCUGCCAAGGCAUCGACAAACGCAGCAAUUAGAAGAAUUAAAGAAGGAGGGAUGAGCGCUGGCAGGGACAGUCACACAGAUCUGAUCGGAAAGGAGGAACCAUGACAAGGGAUUAGGAUACUGAGGGGGUAGUUAUACCUAGACCCCAACUUAUAGCGCGCUUCCUUGGUGCCACUUCUGUUCCACAUUGUUGUUUAAGAGAGUCAAGUACCUAAAGCUCCUGUGAAUAUCUCUCUAUUGCUGAUGAUUUGGCGCCCCCUGUGGACAAAUCUUGCCCCAUACAUGCCUCAAAUCAUCAGAUCAUAGAGAGGCAUUACUGUAAACUGUGAGAUAAAACUACUUAAAGAAGCUUUUAGAUGUAAAUAUGGGACCCCAGUUAGCUCUGUUUUUAGAAUAGAUGCCCCACUAAGGGAACAGUUCUCUUUGCACUGGUUGUAUAAGAUCAGUUCCUGGUUCUGGCGUGUACAUCCACAUUUUCUGACACUUUUAAGCUGCCCUUUAAAGAACAGCUCUCUCAGGGAUCUAGAAAAAGUUGUUCCAGUCUGGAUGCAAAAGAGAAAAGGAUGCAGUUUGAAUAUUUCAUAUAUUUGGAGUUCUUGUAGAGCAGUGGUUCUCAACUGGUCUCACUCUGGGACCCACAUUUUCCCAUGGUCCUUAAGUCACGACCCACUUUUAUAGAAUUCAAACCAAGCAGAUUUAUUUUUUAUAUAUAAAAAAACUUAAAAGACUCUGAUCUUUAACAUAAAUCCACUUGUUUCAUUGAGUAAAGUGCAUUUCAGAGCACAUGAAGGGGACAACAUGAGGAUGACAACUACCGAAGUUUCGUGUACAGAAAAUAUCAAGAUCUAAUAAAUAUUGCAUUAAAUAUUUACUUUUUUUGACCAGCUGUUAGUGACCCAUCCAGUCCUAGACCCACUUGUGGGUUGGAACCCACCAGUUGAGAACCACUAUUGUAGAGACCCCCCCCCAAAAAAAGGGGGGCAGGAAGUGUUUUGGGGGGCCACCAAACAAAAUCUUUCUUUGGGCCACCAAAAUCCACGAGCCGGCCCUGCUCCAAAUGUAUAUAAUAGCAGCCGAAAACCUUUAAACUCUCCCAAAUUGAGCCAUAGUUUUUCUCUUUGUGUUUGUCCCAUCCCUUCUACCUUUCCUUAAAGUGGCCUGUGGCGCCACCCAGUGGACACUCUGUAACUCACAUCUCCUCACCUGUUUGAAAUUUAAAAAAUAAUGAUGGAUGCAGCAGUCCAGAAAUAGCUCCUACAGUAGAAAAAAAAAGCUCACUGUGCGUCAAAGUCCAGUUCCGGCUUUGUGACGGUGUUAACAGCUUGAGGACUGUGAUUUUUAUAAUGUGGAGCCUCAUUACAGACAUGAAAAGAGGUUUAAUUAGCAUGUUAGGAAACUUGUCUGUUAAUACAAUGUGGUUUUUUUAAAUAAAAGGGUAAAAUAGAGGAGUGACUUUGGAAAGGGAGGUAAAUAUUGGUGGGUUUAAAACACUUUCAGGCUAAUUUGCAUCUUUUACAUGUUAAAUAGAGUUAACCUGUUGAUUUUGGAAUAUAGACCAAUGAAUAUAAUCAGCUGGUGAUUUUGCCAUGUUGAAGUUUGGGUGCUAAAAAUAUUCAGUAUGUCUCAUUUUGACGGAAACGCCCUUUUUCUAUUGUUUUCUAAUCGACCCAAAGUGGUGCAGUAUUGAGGAUUCUUCCAUCUCGGUGGCAUAAUGUGGUGUGGUUUGUGAGUGAGUGUGUGAGUGUGUGUGUGUGAAGAGUGUGUGUGUCAGAGUCAGAGAGGCGGGAGGGGGAGUGGUGGGGGGGCACCCACAGUGUCUCUGGUGUGACUGUGUAUCACUUCAGAUGCUCAGACAGAAUUAAAAAAUGCGCUCCUCCGCCUUGUCACCAGUGUUGUGCGCAUUUUCUUGACGAGCCCCGCGUUCUUUCCCACAGCAUGGUGCUCGGACUCGGCGGGCUCACACCACCGCUCUCCUCCUCGCCACUGCGACCGUUAAAAAGUCACGCGGACGCCUAAUUAAGACCGCAAGAGCACGCGCAGCACCUGUCCUCCCCACCUUCACAGCAGAAGGUAAGUUCAUCUUUUCUCAAAAAUAAAACACGAAAAAAGCGCGGUUAGAAGUGGAAGUACGCAGCCGGGAGUUUCCACGAGAGUUUUCUCAUGCCUUCUGGCUACAAGCUGCUGUUUCUGUAUUAAGAUAUUUUCUCCUCCCUUUGAAGGUUUCUUUCUAUUCUCAAGUUCAAAGCGCGUUGGCGUUUGUUGUUUAACGUCGUUUCCGGUCAGCAGGGGACGUCUUGGUAAACAAUGCUGCUGGUGAUUCAUGCAUAUGUGACAUUCAAGCUCUGCCAAUUAAUCAAUUAGCCAUCAGGGCAGAGCUGACAGGCGGACUGCAGCUCCAAAAUGUGUCAUCGUUUCCCUUCAAUGAGUUUUUUAGUGAGUUUCAAACCAAGUGUAGGUGUUCAGAAGGAUCUAAUUAUUGGCAGACAGGUUUGUGCUCUUGUUGUGAACUGGCAGCUGGCUCGCUUUCAAGUUUAAGGCUGCACAUUUCUGUUUUUUUAAUCCAAGAAGAAACAAAAUCAAAGUUUGAAAUCCUCCUAAAACAAUAGCAGAAGUUUGAUUUCUGUUCCUCUAAUGUUCCUCUUAAUGCACCUGUGUUUCUGCACCUCUCCACCAGCCAGAAACACGUUCAAUUAGCCACUCAGACUUUUAUUUUUGAUCCCUCGUCUCCCCUCUGAGGGCAAAGUGAAUGUAAUCUCACACCAUUGGACUGUUACAUAACUUAAAAAACUGAAGUGCCAUCCUGCCUGCGUAGGAGUGGAUGUGAUGUUCCCACUUCCUUGCUGUUGUUUUGCUCGUUAAUUCUGAGAGGCACAUUACUGUAAGUGGCGUUUUGUGACUUUGCUGAUUUUGGGGGGGGGAUGCAGAUGAGGGCCCGGGUCAGGACUGAUUGCUUUUAAAAAAGUCCUCGCUGUGAUUGUUCAGCCUACCUACAUGAAGUCUGUGAUUGUUGAGUUUGCACUGACAUGUUGAUUUUGACCGAAUGUGUGUGUCUGCAUACCUCUGCUUCUGUGAGUGUGUGAGUGUGUGUAGGAGGAGUGUGAUCGCAGUGUGCCCGAGCAUGACGCUCAAAGAUGUUGGACACAUUUCAGUCCUUUGCUGAGCAGUCUGUCCUCUGCACCGCACAGACAGACAUGUUACAGUAACCUGACUCAUGGAUACAUGGCAGGCUUCCCCCAGCUCUGGGCAGGCACUGUGUCAUCAUUAACAUGCAACACUGAGAGAAAAACAAUUAAAUUCAUGAAGGAAAAAAAGAUGAAUUUACAAAAAAAGAAGAGGUAUGCCAUAGAAAAAAAACUGAAUAUGGUCAAAUGCGUCAGCAGGUUUUUAGUGAACGGCUCUCUACAGCCAGGCAAAAACACAGAAAAAUGCACUUUUACAAGUUAGAAACUUAUCAUACUCAAAAAAAAUGUGUGGAGAAAAACUCAAUAUUUUCCUGCUGAGACCACCCACUACUGACUUUGUGUUGGAUCUGUCCCAGAAAGAGUGUUACAUAAUCUCCUCAUGUUUAGGGAUUUCAAUAAAGAAACUGUUCAGGUGGUAAAGCCGUCUCUUUCUCAGCCUUUAUAGAGUUUUUAUAAAAGGCUUUACACUAAUAUAGAGUGUCAGUUAGUGUUAGCAAACAGAAUUAUGCUUUUUGGCAUUGGCAGGGGUUUGCUAGUGUGAAACAGUCCCAAAAACAUGUAAACUAAUGCUAGCUAGAAAGUUGAUUUUUAGCUCAUUUAAAAAAAAUGGUGAAAGAUAACAGGGUUCUCACUGAAUUUGUAAAAAAAAAAAAAAAAAAAAAAAAAAAAAACGCGUAUAUAUUAAUGCAUGUAAACAGUAUUUUUUUUUGGGUGGGCGGGGCUUAGCUAGCGGCUAAACAGUCAUCUAGACACAUAAACAAAUGCUAGCUAGCAACUUGAUUUUAGCUCGUUAUCAAAAAUUUGUGACUUUGAACGAUGACACAGUUCUCUGUGAAUAUGUUUUUAAAAAGGAUGCGCUUGUAUAUAUAUGCUUUAGUUCAUGUAAAGAGUAUAAUUUUGGGGGGGGGGGGGUGGGCGGGGCUUAGCUAGAGGCGAAACAGUCUAUGGGACUACGUUGAUUUUAGCUCGUUAUUAAAACGAUGAAAGAUAACACGGUUCUCUCUGAAACAGUCCUACAGAUAGGCGAAACAGUCCCAUAGACAUGUAAACAAAAGCUAGCUAGCAGGUUGAUUUAAGUUAAUUAUCAAAAACAGUCAAAGAUAACCUCUGAAUUUGUAAAAAAAAUAUGUAUGAGCUUGUAUAUAAAUGCUUUAGUGUGUCUAAACAGUAUAAUUUUUUGGUGGGCAUGGAUUAGCUAGAGGCAAAACAGUCCCAUAGACACGUAAACAAAUGCUAGCUCACAAGUUGAUUUUAGCUUGUUAUCAAAAAUGGUGAAAGUAAACAGGGUUCUCUCUAAAUAUUCAAAAAGUGCUUUAGUGCUUGAAAACAAAAACAAAAAACACGAAAAAAAUGGUGGGCGGGGCUUAGCUGUGGGCAAAACAAUUCUCGGCAUGUUAAUCAGAAUGUACCAGCAAGUUUCUUUUCACUUGUUUUCUACUGCAGAAGACGGUAAAAUAGGUCUCUUUGAAUAUAUAAAUAAUAUACACUAAUAUAUUGAUCAUUUCUUGUUUGUAAACAAACAAUCUUUCUGGGUGGGCGUGGCCUAGCUCGAGGAAAAAGAAGUUGGAGUUUGAUUUUUGUAUUUGUUUUUGUUGUUGUUGUGUAAACAGCGAGUGUUGCGCCGCAACUGUGAUGUAAACAAAAGAUGUCCUGAUAAAUCAGAGUCACUCUUCAGUAGAGAAAAAAUGCAGAACUCUCUUUAAAAAAAUCUCCGCACCUCCUCCGUCGUUCCACACUACCGCUCAGCUCACGCCUCCGCCCUCCGAACAACCCACAACCCAACAGAUAGUCGGCUGAAAAGUAUCGACAACAAAACUUUUACACAAGAUUACACACAUCACUACAAAAACGGCAGAUAGCCUUUAGUCAACAGAACAUCAAUUCACUGCACCAAAGUACUUACUUUGUUAAAAUGAAGCAACAUAAUGUGCAGAUUCAUUAACUACACUGAACAAACUCAAAUGUAAGAUAAGUUUUAUUACUUAUUUUAACUAAUUUUUGCCAAUUGCACUUAUAGAUAUCCUUAAUUUUUGCAUCCACUUUGCAGUUAAAGCUCCUGUGAACAGCACCUAACUUCAUUAACAGUACAUAUAGGGUCCCAGCCAUAGCACAACUCACGGACUCUCUUCCAGCAGCCGCCUGUUUGUAGCGAGACCUCUGGGCGAGACUGCAGUGGGGUGUCGCAGCUCAAGGAAGAACAUUUGUGGCUUUCAUUGUGUACUGAGCUGUUACUAUUGUUUAUAGGUUUAUAGGUAUGACAUUCUAAAGGGACUUGAACCCUGGACCCUCAGAUUAAAAGUCUGAUGCUCUACCGACUGAGCUAUCCAGGCUCUGGAGAAGGUGGAAUAGCAAUGGCAAGGAGCCGCGUGCAAACCUCAACCAAAACCCCACUCUAUAGCCACAACUUAUGCUCAGAACAGCACCUAACUUCAUCAACAGUACAUAUAGCGUCCCAGCCAUAGUACUUGCCUGAUUUCUUAAGAGACUAAACACAACUCACAACUCACCUACUCUCUUCCAGCAGCCACUUGUUUAAACGCAGAUCUCAGGCCAGUCCAUUACAGACUGCAGCGGGGUGACGCAGCUCACUGCAGACGCAGUAGUUCUUCUGCCUUAGCGUCUCGGUCUGAUGGCACGUACAUGAAGAAAUUAUAUUUUCCGGAAUAUCCCUUUAAAGGAGUUAGAAAGCGGUCAGGUCCUCUGCAGCAAAGAUUGAGAGGAACCUAAAGGAUAGUGGACCUCAUAGACCCCCACACAAAAGACUGUGGUGAUAGACUUAAAUAGGACAUGAUGAUUCAGAGUUAUUUGUUCUAAAAAAGGACAAAAUGAUCAAAAACAGAACUCAAAAAGAGGGCAGGUCAGCCAGCUGACUAGCUAGCACAUGAAUCAGCAUUCUGGGGUUUGGCAGGGAGGUGAGCUGGUACUACUAGCAGCUAUUUCAAGUUCUUGGUAGUGGUAGUACUUGUGGUUUAUACAACUUGAUGUCAUGUACUAAGUUGCUCCUAUUGUUUAAAGCUUUACCUACCAAAGGUUUCUCCGCCUGAACAGGGACUUGAACCCUGGACCCUCAGAUUAAAAGUCUGAUGCUCUACCGACUGAGCUAUCCGGGCUCUGAACAGGGCUUGAUAACAUUUCAAUUUGGGUGUGUCCUCACCUACUCUCUUCCAGCAGCCGCUUGUUUGUAGCGGGACCUCAGGCCAGCCAAUUACAGACUACAGCGGGGUGACGCAGCUUCAGGAAGAACAUUUAUGAUCAUUUCUUCAUCAUUUCCUUGAAGUAGUAAUCACCAAAUUAAUCAUUUUGCACUGCAGACGCGGUAGUUCUUCUGCCUUAGAGUCUCAGUCCGAUUACAUAUCCAUGAAGAAAACUGAAAGGGACAAAAGAAAAACUCAACAAAGGAUCUCAAGAGAGGGCAGGUCAGCCAGCUUACUAGCUAGCACACGGAUUAGCAUUCUGGGGGUUGGCGCCAGGAAGUGAGUUGGUACUACUAGCAACUAUUUCAAAUUCUUGGUUAGUACUUAUACCACUUUCUGUCAAGUACUGAGAAGCUACUGUUUCAAGCUUUUCCCUUCUAAAGAUUUUCUCCGCCUGAACAGGGACUUGAACCCUGGACCCUCAGAUUAAAAGUCUGAUGCUCUACCGACUGAGCUAUCCAGGCUCUGGAGAGUGAAGGAUAGCAAUACAAACUUGUCCAAGGAGUCACGCUCAAACCUCCACCAAAAUGUGUUACACGCAUUCAGCUGGAGAGUCACCAAGAGUCGCUGUGAUGACGCUCGGCUCAAACUGCGUAUCCUCUAGGUGGGCUAAGCAAUCCCCAAAUGCCAAUAGGCUGUAUCAGGUGUCAAUCAAAGAAAACAUAAACCCCUAAUAACUUUUAAAAAUGGGGCUAGCUAGCACAUGGAUCAGCAUUUUAGGGUUUGGCGCCCUGAAGUGAGUUGGCUGUUCUCCAACUUCCUGGUCGUGUCAGUACUUGCGGUUUAUACAAUUUCACGUUGUGGACUAAGCUGCUACUAUCGUUUAAAGGUAUAACCAUAGACUUUAUAGACAACUUGGUUCCGCCUUCCGCCUGUAUACAGAUUUGAAGCCAAUAGGCUGUAUCAGGUUUGAAUCACAGAAAAAACGCCUCAGUUUGUCCACAGUCCCAUAAGCUUCGCUGGUGGAGGCAGGAUUUGUGACCUAUGCUGCAGCUGCUCACCAGGGGGUGCUGUUCUCAGGGUGGCUUCACCCAGUGAGGAGGCAGAAGUUCAUUGUUCUAUAUACAGUCUAUAAAUUUGACAUCGUGGACUGAGCUGCUACUGUGGUUUAAAGCCUUUCACCUACUUAAAGGUUGAUCUCGCCUGAACAGGGACUUGAACCCUGGACCCUCAGAUUAAAAGUCUGAUGCUCUACCGACUGAGCUAUCCAGGCUCUGAAGAAGCUCAAACAAGGUGUCAAUUUGGGCGUGUCAAGCCAUUGUGCCUUUUAGUCAUUUUAGUACAGCUAAGAUCUGAGUUUUUACAGUGUGGAGCAACAUCAGGUCCUUGUUUUGUAGUUGUAGUUUGAUAAAAUUCACUUCCACACUGGCUCAACCACCCUGUUCUCUGUCCUGUAUUUGGUCUUUUGGUCUCAUCUGUUACUAUCAAAGAGAAAAGUCUCCAUCUUGGACCCUCCAGUUGAAAGAAAAAAGCCUCACAGAGUUUAAACCUUCACUGUCGUAAAUAAAAAAAGCUGAACCUGUAAAAAAAGAGCAGGUCUGAGUUGACUUCCUCCCUCCCCGGCUGCUUCACAGAGAACUGUAUUAUUACCUCUCAGUAUUGCAGGCUUUUGUCCUCUUGUGGUCACUCUAACACAAUAUGAAAGUGGAGGAUGAAAGUGAUCCUCUCAUUGUCAUUGUUGGGAAGACGACCAUAAACGUAGAAAGCUUUGAAAGUCCUGAAAAUGACGUGUAGCAGAGAGAACGGCUCUCGGUGUAAAUUAGAGACGAUUUGACAUUUAAGAAAUGCAAAUAUUUCUCAGUUCAUCUUGGAAAUAAACAUCUUUUGAUUGAUAGAUUGAUAGAAAAACACAUUCUUGACCCCUGAAUUGUCAAACCGGGUUUUAAUUGCGGCUGAAUUGUAAAUAGAUUGAAAGUCUGAGGCUCUUCUGCUGCCUCUGAUUAGUGAAAAAUCUCCUCUAAACAUCCAAAACAAAACUUUAAAAGCACUCUGCUUUCAAAGAGGCAUUAUUCACCCUCACUUAUGGAAAACCUCUGACAUUACCUAACAAUGCUCCACAAAAAUAUCGCUCGGCGAGGAGAGCUCCUCGUGUCGAUCAGUCAUUAGUCACGCAGUGAAUCACACAAUCAUCCAGAGGUGAGAGCGGAGCAGAGGGAGAAGCGUUAAAAACAUUUUAAAGUGCAGAAAACCUUUAAAAACUCUCAUUUAAUUGAUUAGAAAACCUCCCGCUGAGACAGAUUUACAUCCCUGUGACACUCCUCGAAUUUUCUCCUCGAAUACAUGAACAUAUUUUCGAGCAGCACAGGCUCUAACCCAGCUCCAGUCUUUUCUGAACCGAGUGUGAACGCUCCGACAGCGUGCCGACAUUAUUCUGGUUGUUUUGGUCGUUCAGAAGUGACAAAAAAAAAAAAAAAGUGACAGCAUCUUGAGAAAAAGAAAAAAAAAAAAGUUGAUUUUAAGAUUUAUCAAGUGAAAAAUUGUCGUCCUGGUAAGUUUUCACGGCUUCUCAGGAGGAAAAAAAAAUUUGAUUUCCAAACUUGAAAUGCUGGAUUGGAUGACCCCCGCGUCUUUGGAUGAAUGUGGCGUCUGGAGCCAAGUGCUGCCUUCACGAAACGCUCGAAAACAUGGUGAGAAAAACAAGACUCGGUGAUAAUUAUUCAUCAGUCAUUUCUUGGUUACAACAAUCAACAAACAAUCAAAGCUUUAUUCAAUCAUAUCAUCAUUAUCUUACUAAUUAAAAACAGGAUUCCCAAAGAAUUUAUACAGAUUUGUCAAGAAGAAGAGACUAAAAUCAGCACAUAUCCACUCUAUAGAUAACCAGCAGCAUCCCUCAUCUGACACCUUUGAUAUCUUACAGUAAGUAUAACUGACCACUUGGGGGCAGCAGAGACAGAAACAACAAAAAAAACAGAUGUGUCAUUUUUAGUCUAAUGAAGCUAAUGCGCUAGCCAACACUGUAUUUAUUUUACACAUUCAGCAGAAACAGAGUGACACCAUCACCUGUUGGAAAUAAAGUCAUGAGUAACAGUUUUUAUCUCCAUGUUUGGUCUCCACCACAGAUUGUAGAGUUUUGGUCCUAGAGUAACUAUUUUGUGUUUUUUUUUUUUUACCUCUUUUUUAAUUUACUUUCUUUUAUAGUUUGAUUUUAAGUCUGUUUUAUUUAAUUAACUUUUAACACUUUAUCACCUUUAUUAUAUUUAUCAUGGUUUUAUCGUUUUAGCCCUAGAUCCAGCAGUUCCUCAGUCAUCUGUGUGUGUUGAAUGGGGGUUGGGAGAGUGGGUUAUGUUUGGUAUUUGUAUUUUUAUUUAUUUUACUUCAUUGUUUUUUAAUAUCUUGCGCAACUGGACAGCACUUUGUGCGACAUUCCAUGUAUGAAAAGUGUUUUAAAAAUCAAGUUUGAUUGAUUGAUCGAAAACAUGGACAUUUAGUCCAUGUAGUGGCUCUUUAAGAGGUGUUAUAACGCCAAACGAUGGAAGAUGCCAUGUUGAAAACGCUGACUCAGCUUAAUCUUUGGUCGACAGAAAGAGGACUUGAGGACUUAAGGUGGGUCUUCAGUGUCCUAGUGAACAGCUACACUUGGCCCUUAAGUUAAAUGUGACUAUUUACUGGACAAACAUGGCGGUAGUGUCUGUGACCUCGCUUUUGAGUUUCUAAACAAAUGCCAAAAUUUUGUGGACACCAUAUUGGAAAUGCUGAUUGAGCGCAACCUAAACAGCAAAGAAGUCCUGAUUUUUGUACUCUUCGGAAAACGUCUACAACUCGCCGCCCUGUCCAUAAACUCGGCUGUGCUUAAUCACGCAAAUUUAUGUUGGCAUUUUUUUUUUUUUUUUUUUUUUUUUUGGCAACCUAAAACUGUGAGUUUUUUUGAAUGGGACUUAAUGGACUUCACCUCGUUUCUGCCACCAGCCUCAUGUGGACACUUGAGGAACUGCAGUUUUUGGACCCUUGCAUAGGUGUCAGUUUUAGCUUAGUUUAAAGAUGCUAGUGGCUUCCUUUUCAACUUGAUUUGGUGUAUUUAUUUUUGUUGCAACCUAAAACUGUGAGUUUGGACAUAAAUAUUCUUUUUGAAUUCAUAAGGGAUUAAUUUAAAAAGAUUUAAAGGUGCAGUCUGUAGAAUUUAGAGGCAUUUGGCUGAACAUACUCAGAAGAAAUAUUUAAAUUAAUUCAUAAAAAGUCAAAUAUCACUUCCUGUAGGUGACAGAAGUCAUUAGAAACAUUUCACAUAAUCCGAAAGAAAAAUUCACUGAUGUGAACGAUUGUAUUGACACGAUACGGGUUCGCAAAAAAAAAUAUUGACGUCUGAAUAAUCGCACGAAAAAAAAUGAUCAAUUAAUGAUAAAUGAUGAUUAAACAUUAACAAAUUAGCUUACCAUAAUUUAUGGUUAUUGUAAAGUGUUACUAAAAUAUGGUAUUUAUAAUAUAGUGUUAGUUAACAUUGUUGCUCAUUUAAACUGUCACAAUCGUAAAAGGACGACUUUAUAUUAUUUUUGAGAUUUCUUCAUUCUUUGCUCUUUUUUUCCAGCAGUGUUGUCUUUCUGAAUAGAGAGAAAGAGAAAGAGAGAGAGAGGAAUAUAACACCCAACAAAGCCAGAUUUCGAAGCAGAUGGCCCACACUUGUAGUUUGCUCAUUUCGUAUAAUCCCCUCGCGGUCACAUGACCCAAAAUCCACCCAUCAUUUGUUUCAGAGAGCAUUGCGUUUAAAAACAUUCACUCCAAAAUCAAGCAGAUUUCUUCCCACCAGUGAUCUGUGGAGGGUUUUUUUUUGUGUGCUUGUAUUAAACAGACGAAGGAGAGUGCAGAUUGAAAUUCACCGCAGAACCGCAAAGAGGGAAAAACUGACAAACUCACACAGAGAAAUGUGAGAGUUUCAAGACGGGGAGAUGAAAAGUCUGCAUCUAAUUUUGUUUUCUUUUAACACACAUUAACCUACAUACUGUCUCCACACACACACAUUUAAAACACACACACACACCCUGGUCUGACAGGACUAUUUGUGAUAAUGACCCUUAAUGAAUCACCGCACUAGUUUAGCGUCCUGAUGCUAAAAUCUGAAUAUUCACAGUUAUGCUAACAGCCGAUCUUCUCUCCUCCAGCUCCAGUGUUACUUCUGACUCAUUCAAAUGCCUUUGUACAACUUUCUCUCACACACACACACACACAAACACAAACACACACUCUCAGCAACACACAGCUCUCACUUCCUAGUCACUGGCCCUGGACGCCAUCGCUACGGCGCCUUUUGCAGCAGGCAUCAGAACGGACACCUGUCAUCAGUCAGCAGGCCCCCGUGCCCACUGUUGCCCCCCGCGGAUACUUAUAGCCCACUGCAAUUAUGUUGUUCCAUUAGUCAUCCCACGCGUGCAGUGAUGGGCUGCUGGCUAUACUUAGCCUCCGUCAUGGUCACUGUUGGACAAAUAAAAGACUUUGCAGACUGAUGCGUCAAACACCAUGAGGAGAGAUGAUUAAUAGCUGCUCAGUCGUCGUGGAGACGGUAGUUUUUGGUUGUUCUUGAUGAAGUUUGUUGGUGAGGAAACAACCAUGAGCGGUAAAUGUUCGGUCAAAGACUUUUCACACAGGUUUGGUACGCUAGAUUUAUUACUCCACCUUUUAUCUACAUAAAUAUUCCCUCUUUUGUUGUUUUUAUCUAGUUGUAUAUUUACAGAGUUUGAUGUUAGCCGUUAGCUUUAGCAGGAGUCUCUCUCGAAAAGCGGUUUGGUACUGUUGCCUCCGAACCAAAACAAUCAACAAACAAGUUAGUAACAAGCUAACUAAUCGUCAUUUUAUCUACAUAUAUAUUCCCUGUUUUGUUGUUUUUAUCUAGUUUAAUAUUUAGAGAGUUUGAUGGUAGCCGUUAGCGUUAGCAGGAGUCUCUCUCAAAAUGCGGUUUGGUACUGUUGCCUCCGUACCAAAACAAUCAACAAACAAGUUAGUAACAAGCUAACUAAUCGUCUGUCUAAUGCACCAGUCCCCAUGUUUUUUAAUGCUGGUCCACAUUCGGGUCAAAUCUACGUUCCUUAUUUUGGUUCUCAAACCAAAACUACAACUUUAGCACAAUUUACGACUUUAUUCUUUUAAGAUUAUGACUUUAAAACGACUUAACUCCCAUCACACUCUGAUUUUAACCUUGUAAUAUUACUUGAUUUUCCUACAACUUUAUUCGUGGAAAAUAACGACUUUCCUACGACUUUAUUCUUGUGAGUUUAUGACUUUAAACGACUUCAAAUGGUUUAAAUCUUGUAACAUUACUUGAUUUUCUUACAAAUCUAUACAUAUAGAAAUGACGACUUUCUUACGAUUUUAUUCUUGAAACUUAAUGACUAAAACGACUUAACAAUAUGAUUUUAAUCUUGUAACAUUACAAAAUUUUCUUACAACUCUAUACAUGUAAAAUAACAUUUUUCCUACAACUUAAUUCUUGUAAGUUUAUGACUCUAAAACGACUUCAAAAUAUGACUUUAAUCUUGUAACAUUACUUGAUUUUCUAACGACUCUAUUCUUGUGUAAAAUAACGACUUUAUUCUUGCAAGAAAUAGAUUGUUUCUUGAACGUGGCUCUAGUACUCUGUGAUAGCUAGUAAUGUCUUUUAGAUGAGUUUUUGAUAAAUGUUUACAUCGUUCAGAUUGUAACCGAUUUCAACGCCAGGGUUAGCCUUAAAUCUCCUGUGAGGAACUUUCUGUCUGUGUCGAUUUUGGCGCCCCCUGUGGGCAAAGUUGGUUUAAAUGGUGAUGACAUAAAUAUAAAUCUUCAGCAACCUUAACUACUCUCUGUGAAAAAUUACUGUUAAAAAGCGACAAAGGCUGUUUGUUUUUAGUGUAUUUAACCCCUCACAACAGUUACACGCAUAAAAAUUACAAAAUAGAGACUGUCCUAGGGCUGAUCUAUGUCCUCAAAUCAAUAUCACGAUAUAUUGAUCAGUUCAUCUCGAUUACGAUAAAUGGAUGAUAACUACUCCACAAGCUGCUCACCCCCUCCCACAUUAACUUCGUCUACUUCAGCCGCUACAACUCACACAUCAAAACCAACUUUUAUUUAUUUAUUUAUUUGACACAGAACAUACCGAUAUGGGCAAAAUGACGUCUGUUAUUGUCGUAAAUUUCGGUUUAGGUAGAUUUUCGGUUUAUCGCCCAGCCCUAGACUGUUCAUCUUUUCAUUGAUAGUCUCAUUUGUCUUUCCAUGCCAUAGAGAUGUAUUUCCAUUCACUUCAGUCGGUUUUAUAACAAUGAAAAACUCCUCACAGGAGCUUUAAAAAUACACAACAGAAGACGAGGAACAUCCUCGCUAGAGCCGAUAUGAUGCCUGUUACAUCUGAGUGCCAACACUCUGCUGACCGUGUGAGGACAAGUUGGCGUCUGCAGCUUCCUGAACUCGACUCAAAAUCACACCGACUCUAAAGACAGUGACGUCCAGGGAGACUCUCGAUUCGUCUGGACUUCAAACUUGAGAAUUACCGUAUCAUCAUAUCCAAAGAUUGACUAAAUGAACAGCAUGUCUGCAAAUUUGAGAUCCAGCCGGGGCUCAAAAACUCUGAGAAAAUAAAAAACGUACGACAAAAAAGGAAAUAAAUGAACAAAUGUGCGAAUUGAGUGUGUUGGUAGUCGCCUGCUUAUCAAAAAUCUCCAGAUGGAAACAGCGUAUGUAGGAUGUGACAGUGAGCAAAGUGCACAACACUGCUGUCUGUUUUCACUUUCACCAUCAUGACAUGUUCGUUGGCUGGAGGUUACGAGGGAAAUGUUGAAGAGAGAAAAUUGUGAGGACUCCGUGUUGCAUCUUGGAUGAUGAAGCACAGGAUGGAGAUGGUGUGGAGUCAGUCAGUCAGUCAGUGUGGAGGAGGAGGCGGGAGGUGCAGUGGAGGAUUCAGUGUCCUCCUCUUCUUCCCUCUGGAGCUCUGUGGAGUCUCUGAAUCUUGACUAAAAACACACACUACCAUUAAAAUUAUUCGUUAUUGAAGUUAUUGACGGUGUAAAGAGUGGAUCCAGCUUUGACUCUCUGUAAUAACUGAACAAAAGGAAGACGAUCUUCUUUCUCUCUGAAACUAAACUGAAGCUCAGAGAUUUCUUCAAAGGUCUGUUUUCCUCCCCGCUCUAACUAACUACCUCAUCAUUACUGCUGCCACCCACACACACAACACUUAACUUCCUCUGCAUGGAGAGGCCGCCAGAGGGAACUCUGGGAAAUGGAGUCAAGACAGUGAAGGCAAUCGUAACUGGCAAUUUCCACCGCAAUCGGAAACGGCUACGAAAAGGCCGUAUCCGCCGAUCGUAGCUGAUCGUAACCAUUAAUGUGUCAAUUUCCACUGGCUUCUCUACAUUCAGCUGCAGAUUGCCGAACUAGUUUAAUUUUUUCCGGAUGCCAGAGCAUUCCCGAUAAAUUCAGCACAGAUUAACCCGUGCUGGAAAGGAAGUCGGAUUUGAACGUAUUUCAGGUAAAUCGUAUUUCACAUUAUGCAAACAGGCGGGGACGAACGAGUGAAAGGAUUUUAGACGUCAUUUCAUUCUGGUGAUACCAUAGAUGAGAGGAUGCUGGUUCUAAAAGUCUAGAAGUAGAUUUCCUUUGAUGAAUUAUGUAAUAAGUGAUUGAUGGAUAAUUGAAAAAUUCAUUGAUUAAUUGAUUGAUGAUUUACUGAUUGAAUAAGUGAUUAACUUACAGACUGACUAACACCGAGCUACAUUGAUAAACUUUUAUUAAAAGUGAUAAGUUGAUAAAUAUUUUACUGAUUGAUUGAUUGAUUGAUUGAUUGAUUGAUUGAUUGAUUGAUUGAUGGUUGACUUAUUGAUUGAUGGACCAAUUGAAAUUCAAUACAUGACUUGAUUAAUUGAUCAAACUUAAAACUUUUUGACUUUUUUCCUUAAAUGUAUUAUUGACUUGAAAGCUGAUUGAAUGAUUGAUUGAUUGAUUGAUUAAUUGAUUGAUUGAUGGGUUGGUCAUGACUAGGCUUUUGAUUGAUUGAUUGAUUAAUUGAUUAAUUGAACAUGGUCCUUUUUGAUUUGUCCUGUAAUUGAUAAACUGAUUGAUUGAUAGUCUGUUUUAUAGAUUGAUUGAUUGAUCUUUUAAUGUUUGAUAGAUAUAUUUAUGAAUUGGUUGAUUGAAUCCCUAAUUUAUUAAUGUAUUGAUUUAUUGACUGAUCACUUGCUCGAUUGUUUAUGAAACUGAAGAGUAAAUGAUUGAUGAUCAGUUUCAUUGAUUGAUCAUCUCUGGUUGUAUCUGAUUUUCUUCCUCCCCUCACACACCCUAGUCUGUAGGUGGUUCUCAUCCUCAGACUCUCUCUCCCUCCCUCUCUCUCUCUCUCUUUCUCUCUCUUUCUCGCUCUCUCUCUCUCUCUCUCUCUCUCUCUCUCCCUCUCUUCCUCUCUUUCUCUCUCCCUCCCUCUCUCUCUCCCUCUCUCUCUCUCUCCCUCCCUCUCUCUCUCUCUUCCUCUCUUCCUCCCCCCCUCCCUCUCUCUCUCUCUCUCUCUCUCUCUCCCUCUCUCCCCCCUCUCUCUCCCUGCUGACACGUAUCAUGACUGCGCAGUCAUCAGGGAGCAUCUGGCGGUGAAACCAAGUGUUGCCGUUGUUCAGAGGAAGGUUGACUCUCAUAGGGAGGUGCCUCAGCUCCUCUCUGCUCCUGGUCUGGAGGUGGACAAAUCUGGGCUCCAUCAUGAUGUCCAUCUGCAGCAGGUUGGGCUCCUCAUGGAGCAGCUGCUCAGUGUCACUGCUCCGUCAUCCUACGUCUACAGUUUCCCUGAGAAGUCUUUGUUUUCAUAAACUCCUCCUCGCCUUGAAAGACGUCCUCUUUGUCUCCAGUUUUCAGAGGAAUCAUCUCAGGAUGCAUAUCUGCUUAACAGAUACAUGACACCGCGGUUUAAAGCGUGACAGCUGCUGAUGUUUUCUGCGUGAACCGUCUUAUUCUUAGCCUGACAGAUGAUUUUUUUGCACCUUGAGAAUCUACAAGAGUCGACACCGAACCUACAGCGGCAGCUAUAUUUCCCUCUCUGCCAAAAAAAUGUCUUCUCCGAGCGUUUGAGUCACUCCAUCGCUCCGUCAUCACUCGCUCAGCCAGCAUGUCUGUCGGUCCUUCUGUAGCUCCAGUUCUGUAUCUCCUCUCAGUCCAAAGCUGUCAUGCAAAUAGGCAAAAGUAAACCUCUCUCACUCAAUCCAAAUGUAAUAAAUUAACAAUAACUCUUUUCACGCCCAGCUUUGUCUACAUUCAGCUGCUGUAAACCCACAUAAGAAAACCCUCAAAAUGUCAUCUUCAGACUUUUAGCAUUAAAUAUUCUCAUUUUCAGUCCAUAUAAAAUAUCUGUAGACCUUACAUUUUUGCUUCAUACCAGCAAAUAGCACAGUACAAAACUCAUAUUUCGAUUAUCAGUAAAUAACAUACCUGUGGUAACAUUCCCAAACAAAAAAAUUAACUCCUAAAUUACUUGAUAAAAUAUAGUGCGAUAUAUUUAAAGUAUAUGGGAUACAAUUUCAAGAUGACAGAAGGUAACAUGAGAAGAUUGAGAAAUAUGACAAUAUACAAUACAAGACUAAACGUACUUACAAUACAUAACAAUAUGAUGAUAUGAUAAAUACAAUAUGAUAUGAUACAAUAUGAAGCAAUAUCAUAUAUGAUACAACAUGAUCUAAUACAAUACGAUAAAAUAUGGUGAUAUAAUAUCAAAUGACAUUACAUGAUAUAACUCUAUGCAAUACAAGAAGAUACGAUAUGAUAUGAAAUGAUAAGAUAUGAUAUGAUACAAUACAAUACAAUAUAAUAAAAUAUGAACCAAUAUGAUACGGUACAAUAUGAAAAAUUAUGAUAUGAUAUGACACAAUAUUAUAUGAUAUAAUUCCAUGCAAUAUGAUAUGAUACAAUAUGAUACAAUAUGAUACAAUAUGAUAUGAUACAAUAUGAUAGGAUAUGAUCUGAUAUGAAACAACAUCAUACGAUAUGAUUCCAAGCAAUACAAUAUGAUAUGAUAUGAUAUGAUAGAAUACAGCACAAAGGGAUACAACACAAUGCAAAAAUGCAUGACAACACAAUAUGUAACAGUUUGUUAGGUUAUGAGAUGAUGUUUUACCUUCAAAUUAAUUAGUUUCAGGAUUGGUCUAACUUAGAUCAAACGUGGAUUCAUGAUGAUAUAAAUGAUUAGAUUUUAUACAGUAGGAUAUGAUACGAUAAAGUACAAUGGGAUAUGAUAGAAUAAGGUCGGAGAUUACAUGAAGUAAUGUGAUACUUUAUACUUAGAGCUCUCUUGGAGAAAUUUUUCUUUUACAUGAUUUAGAUUACAUAAUCUCAUGUUAUGAUAUGGUACAUACGGUUGAUAUCAUAUACAUGACUUCCCCCUCUGGAAAAAUCAUCUUGAACACUAUAUCAUUAUAUCACAGAAGCUACGCCCGCUCCCUCCCCCUCUGUAUCUCUACGGUAAAAGACAGACAUAAUUAAGGGUUUCCCAAUCACCACUUUCGUCUACAACCCCCCCUCAGAGUCCCAUCACCGGGCUCUCUGCACCUUUAACUCUCGCACUCAGACAAACUCGCCCCAGCUGUCAUCUACUUCAUCUCCUUGUAAAGCGCUCAGUGAGAUCAGAAACUCCUGCCGCUGCUGCCCUCAGGUGUAAACGCACCUUGUCAGUUAGCCUACUCAUAACGCUUCGUACGUUUUUAUCCUUUUUGUCUGCCGCCGCCUUGAACCGCGACGCUUCAGGCCCACUGAAGUUUUGGAUUUCCUAACCCAGCUUUAAUUUUCAGUCUCGGCUUUCCUCAUCUCUUUAUCGUUUUAUCUUUCAUCACUCUCUUCUGUUUCUCCCUCUCCCUCGCUCUUUCUCAGAGGGAAUUACAUAAGUCUUUGUGUGUGUGUGUGUGUGUGUGUGUGUGGGCAGCGUUGCAUUUUAUGUAAGGCGGACCUGGAAAUGGCUAGCAAAACACUAGGGUCCUGCUCUCUGUGAUUUUUUAUUCCUCUUUCUCUCUCUGCUUCUCUUAUAGCCUUGUGUGGUUGGGUCAUCGGACUGCGGAUCUGCGUGGUGUUUGGCUCCUGAUAUGCGAUGAGGUGACUCUUCAGGCCCACUCGGAGUCACUCUCAGAGCUGUUUUUUUUUUCUCAAAGCAUACCUUAAAAUAAGAAGUUUUGAUUCCCAAUUUGAAGACGUUUGACUUGCGGUGAAAGUGUUUCUUCGAGGGCUGAGUUUGUUUUACUUGCUGCAAACAUCUGUAGUUAACAGCGUAACCUCGCUAAUCUUGAUAACCGGGGAUAUUACUGACUCAGAAAACAGAGCGCGCACUUAUUUCUCAAAGUAAACAAGAGCAGGUCCGUGUAGCUGGUUGUAAAUCGGACUCGUUUCCAGUGAGAGUUAUGUUGCUGUUUUUUGCGGAUGAUGAUGGGGUCCUUGUACCUUCGUCGAGCAGUGACCUUCAGCUCUUGCUGGGGCGGUUUCGUGGCCGAGUGUGAUGCGGCUGGGAUGAGAAUCAGCACCUCCAAGUCCGAGGCCGUGGUCCUCAGUCGGAAAAGGUUAGAUCGCCGUCUCCAGGUUGGAGGGAAGGUCCUGCCUCAAGUGGAGGAGUUCAAGUAUCUCAGGAUCUUGAGGGUAGGAUGGAGCAGGAGAGCGACAGGCGGAUUGGAGUGGUGUCAGCAGUGAUGCGGACGCUUAACCGAUCAGUCGUAGUGAAGAAAGAGCUGAGUCGUAAGGCGAGACUCUCGAUUUACCGGUCGAUCGACGUGCCGACUCUCACCUAUGGUCAUGAACUUUGGGUAAUGACCGAAAGAACAAGAUCGCGGAUACAAGCGGCCAAAAUGGGUUUCCUUCACAGGGUGGCCGGGCUCAGCCUUAGAGAUAGGGUAAGGAGCUUGGGUAUCUGGUUAGGAUGCCUUCUGGACGCCUCCCGUUAGAGGUGUUCCGGACAUGUCCCACCAGGAGGAGACCUCGUGGCCGGCCCAGGACCAGGUGGAGGGAUUAUAUCUCUCGCCUGGCCUGGGAGCGCCUGGGAAUCCCCCCGGAGGAGCUGGUGGAAGUGGCCGGGGUGAGGGCCGUCUGAGCUUCCCUCCUGAAGCUGCCGCCCCUGCGACCCGGACCUGGAUGAAGCGGAAGAAAACGACGAACAAGAGCAGGCUACUCAAGUCCAUACAGCAUUUUUGCUAGUGAAGCUAAAGCUAACAGAAAAAAAAUCAUGAAUUGUUCCUUUAUGUCCACACUGGACACAUUUGUAAGGUACUGUAUUUGUCUUGUAAGGUACUUCAAUAGUACCUGGCUCCAGACACAGCGGACCCCUGUAAGGACUUGUACAGCCGGCCUCUUGAAGCUGGCUCCAAAAACCAGGAAUCCCUGUUAGUGUCUGUGUUAAAAAUGUCAUUUUUUUCAUUAACUUAUUUACAGUCUGAUGCUUAAGACAGUUUUAUCUUCCUUCAUCCAGGGAGUGCAUCUGGGGACAUUUGGACAGACUUACAGCCAAUCAGAGUUGGUGUCACAGAGACGGACAGACUCACCUGCAAGUGAAUGAUGGAUUUAAGAUGGUUUUGAUGUGUCUGGUUUCUUUAUUUAUAAACACCAGAAAAAAGUGACAAAUGCCUUAAAGACAUUGAGUUUAAGAGUUUUCCAUAAUAAGUUAUAAUAAGGGGUGUGGUUGUACCGACAGGUGGGUGUGUGGUAGCUGUUUGGCUCCUCCCACCUCCUUUUUUUUUCUUUAUUGAAAGUAAGAAUAAGUUUUUUCGCACAAUUUAUAGAUGCUGGUGUGUUGUGUUACUAACAUUAAAGUAAGAAGCAUGUCGUAUAUAUUUGAUUUAGACAAGAAUUGUAGAUAAAUGCUGUUAUUUUGCCUGUCGGUGCCCCAGUUGGGCCCCCAGAUCUGAAAAGUCUAGAUCUGCCCCUGCUGAUAAUUUAAAGCUCUUGUGAGAAGUUUUUUGAUUUUCACGAAAUAGACUAAAAUUCCUACUGACACCUUUUUAUGAAGUACAAACCAAACAAACUCAUCAGAUGACACUCAAAGAUGGGACGGACAAGAUAAGCAAAACCUGCGAGAAACCAAAAGUUCCUCAUGGGAGCUUUAAGAUACGAUACUUGGGAUGUUCACCCAUGCUGCAGCCAUGAAAAACAAACGCACAGCAUAUAUUAUAACAUGACUCAAUACAAUUAACACUGAAUGUCCUGAGCACUUAAUGAAAGCAUGUGAAGGCAGCAUUAUUUCUCUUUUCUCUCCUCAUUCUCAAACCGAAUAAAAAAACAAAAGCCGUGUUUAUUAUGUAACACUGACGUCCUCCUUUGAUUGAUAUGCGCCGUACUUGAAUCUUGACCCCCUCCGCUGUUAUUUACCAUUAGCUGUACAUUGUCCUAGAGAGUGUAGAUUGGCGCUCAGAUAUCUGCGUUUUCACAGGAAGGAGGGGGAGUUAUGUAAUGAGUGGCAGGGGGUGACGAUGAGGAAAGUGAAAAUUCAAAUGUGCGGUCGAAUGAAAACAGUUUUCGAAACGCUGGAGCAGGUUUCUGCAGCUGGUGUUGGAGCUGCACAGCUGCACUACAAGAUGAUACAAACAUAAUAAUCAUUUUUUUAUUCCUCUUUUUAAUGUAUUCGUUUAUUUUCUGAAAACGUUGCAACUCUGCACCCUGGAAAACCUCUAAGAUAGCGUGCAUGCAUGUGUGUGCUCAUCCUUGUUUGUUUGCACGCACGCACACGCGCAUCCGACUCGUCCGAGGAAGGGUGUUUCACUGAGUGGGAAUGCCUGGUAGGAUGUGUAGGCCCGGGUUGCCAUGGCAACCAUCUGCUGCUACACUCACAAGCGUUCGCCAGCAGCCCACACAGUGUGACAUCCAGCAGCAAGCCGAUCUGAGAGAGAGAGAGAGAGAGAGAGAAAGUAAACCUGUGAUCGAAAAAUUCAGGAAAACACAAACUCACUCCUGAGCGAUUGUUCUUUUAUGGACAUGUGAAGGUUUUUAUGUUUUGUUUUUUUUAUUCUCUCAGUAAAGCCCAGAAAAUGAUUUCCGUAGAAACACAAUUUAGAGACUGUAUUGACGCAACAGAAGGAAGAGAGGUGUGCAGCGUUUGCAGCCACACACUGAAGCGCACAAUCGCACUACGACCAUAAACAGACUGAACACACGGAUGUAAAGCUGCUUUAAAGUUUGAAAAAGUCUGAAUCAAAGUUUGGUAAACAAAAAAACCCCACAAAAACAUGAGUUAUUUCACUCACCUGUUGGUUACAGGAAAACACACCAUGUUGUCAUUUUGUGUAUUGCAGUUGUUUAAGGUUUUCUUUUUUAGCUAAACUUUUUGUCUUUUUUAUCUCUUUGUAGUUACAUGUUUUUGUCGUCAUGUUUUGUGUCUCUCAAUGUUUGUGUCUCCUUAAUGUUGUUUUGUUGUCUUUGUGUUGUUGCUCCUGCCACUUUAAGGUCACUUUUUUUGUCUCUUUGUAGUCAAAUUAUAUUUCUUUAUUAUAGGUGCUGUCUCUUUGUGGUUUUUUUAUGACUUGUUAUUGUUGUUUUGUGUCGGGUUGUAAUCAUUUGUGUCUCUUGUAGUUGUUUUGGAUCUCUUCAUAGUAAUUUUGCUGCUGUUUUGUGUUGUUUUGUUUCUUUGUUUAGUGAUAUUGUUGUUCUUUGUUGUAUUUUGUUUCUGUUUAGUUUUGGUGGGGGGGGGGGUUUUGUUUGUUUUUUUGUCUGUUUUUUUUUCUCUCAUUUGUGUAAUUUUGUGUCUGUUUAUGGAUACCUAGUUUUUUAUGUCUCUUGUUGGUCAUAUUGUUGAUCUUUGUGUUGAUCUUUGUUGUCAAAUUUUGUGUCUUUGUAGUCAAAUUGUAACUGUGUUCUCCUUGCAGUUAGUUUGUGACUAGUUAUUGUUAUUUUGUGUAGCACUGUGAUCUCAUAUGUAUCAACAUAUACUCAUAUUGUGUCUCUUUACUGUAAUUUUGUGUUGUUUUGUGCCUCUACAUAGUAAUGUUGCCCAUCUCAGUUGUUGUUUGUGUCAUUAGUCUUUUUGCAGUCGUUUUGUCUUUGUAUCAGUUUUAUAGAAGUGUGGUCAAUGUGUGUCUCUUUUCAGAAAUUAAGUGUGUUUGAUGGUCAAUUUGUAUCUGUUUAUGUUUUUUUAUUUCUUGGUGUUGUUUUGUGUUGUUACAUAUUUGUUUUCUGUCUCUUUUUUGUCAUUUUGUGUCUCUUAGUAGUCAAAUUGUGUCUUUAUUAGAUAUUUGGGUUUUCAUGUUGUUGUUUUUUUCCAACUUGUGUAUUUUUCUGCUUCUUUGUUGCUAAUUCUUUAUUGUUUGUGUCUUUUUUUUAAGUUGAAUUGUGUCUUUUGUCUCCCCGCUUUCAUAAUUUGUAUCUUUGUAGCAUUUUUGUUCCUUUGUGUUGUUAAUUUGUGUAUCUAUGAAGUCAUAGAUUUGGAAUUUUUUUGUUUUGUGUCAUUUUAUAGUUUUUGUUACACUUUUUUGUCUCUUUGUGGUCAUUUUAAGUCUCAUGUGUACAGUGUUUUGUACAUCUGUUAACAUACGUUAGCUGUAUCUUUUGUGUCGGCUUCAAAAGCAAAUCCAUACUCUCAACACUUUUCACAUACUGUUUUAUGAAAGAACAAAGGUCAUAGACAAAAAGAUCUUUAAAAAUGUGAAUAUUAUUGUUUUGUAUAACUUGUCUGAUCGUUGUAAUAAAAACCCUGUAAAUGUGUUUCAGAUGCAGGAGGUGGGCAGCACCCAGAAAGGCCCUCAGAGGUCCUUCAGUGUCCUGGACCGUCUGCUCAUAACACAUCCUGUGUGGCUGCAGCUGUCACUCAACCAAGACUCCGCCCUCUACAUCCUGCUCAGAGAACCUGUCGGGGUACGAAUAGACCGGGUGUUACCAUCAUAUUAAAAAAAAAUGUCAAAACUUCAAACAUCAUGAAGAUUGUGAUAAAACACUGACUUUUAAGGCUCCAAAUGGACUGUAGAGAAACUGUGAUCUAUCUGUUCAGUACUUAAAUUUCUCUUUACGCCAUCUGUGCUUUGUCCUGAGAAACCUGUGAAAAGAAUAUACUGUAUGUCUAUAAAAAGACCGUAACAUCUCUGCUCUUUUAUUCCUGUUUCUGUGGCGGCCGUUGGUGCUCGCAGACCUUUUUGGUGCGAAAAUGCAGCUCAAGCCAGAGGAAGGUGCUGUGUUUCAGGAUGACAGCCGACAAAAGUGCCUCCUCUGUAAAAGAGUGCUUCAUCUGUGAGGAGGACUCCAGUGAGUACUUGGAAAAACUUUAUCAGUUUGUACGAUCGUCUUUACUGCACAUGCUGGGCGGGACAGAGUAGUUGGUUUGUGUAAAUCUCAGUCAAUCACUCGCUCUCUCCAUCUCCGUCUCUAUGACCAGCAUUCGCCUUGGAGAGCUCAGCGCUCAGCUUCCCUGACCUGUGUCGACUCGUGGCCUUCUACUGCAUCAGCAGGUGAUGUUUUAUUCUAACUCAUGAGCACAAAGCAGAGAGGAGGAGCUGAGGGGAAAACUGGUUAAGAGGGGUAAAGUUUACAUUCAAGAUUUCUCCCAAAAACUGGCACUUCCUCAGAUUCUGCCUACCCCACCUUUAAGCAGAAUUUGGAUGUAAAGGAAAAGUCAGAGAAGAGUGUUUAAUUGAAAGUUUUUUUUUAGUAUUUCUGCCUGGAAAUGAUUGAGAGUUUAAUUUACAGGUAAGCUUCAUUAUAUUUUAAAGUUGGUUUAACAAAAAGAGAAACCGUAUGACUCACUCUACACUCAGAGGGAUACUCAGCUCGAGCCCAAUAAAACGCUGUCGUGAAUAUUUAUGUCUGAGGAAGCUUUUGUCCCUCUGAAUUUUUUACCCCAGCUGAGUCCCUUAGCGACACUUAAGUCCAAGAUGAAUUUUAUAUGUAUGAAGCACUUUGAGGACUCUUUAAUGAAACUGAGAUUUGACUCUAACUCAACAGUUUGGGGCGUUUCAAAGUUAUCUUUUAUAAAAAAGGACAAAAUACUCAAAAACAGAACUGAAAAAAAGAGGGCAGGUCAGCUAGCUAACUAGCUAGCAGAUGGAUUAGCAUUCUGGGGUUCGGCACCAGGAAGUAAGCUUGUACUACUAGCAGCUAUUACAAGUUCUUGAUUGUGUUAGUACUUGUGGUUUAUACACAUAUCUCUUGUACUGAGUUGGUCCUACAGAUUAAAGCUUUUACCUUCUAAAGGUUACUUCGCCUGAACAGGGACUUGAACCCUGGACCCUCAGAUUAAAAGUCUGAUGCUCUACCGACUGAGCUAUCCAGGCUCUGCAGAGUGCUGACAAAGGUGUCAAUUUGUCCGUGUCAAGUCAUUGUGUCUUCUAAUAAGUUUGCUAAUGCAAGGAUCAGAGUUUUUGCAGUGUGGAGCAACAUAAGGUCCUUGUUUUGUAGUUUGAUGGACCUCACCUACUCUCUUCCAGCAGACGCUUGUUUGUAGCGAGACCUUAGGCCAGUCCACUACAGACUACAGCGGGGUGACGCAGCUCAAGGAAGAACAUUUAUGAUCAUUACUUUGAAGUAACAAUCACCACAUGAAUCAUUUUGCACUGCAGACGCGGUAGUUCUUCUGCUUUAGGAUCCCGGUCUGAUCGCAUUUCCAUGAAGACAUGAUCAUUCUGGGGUUUGGCGUCAGGAAGUGAGUGAGGUACAACUCCCAGCGAUUCCAAGUUCUUGGUCAUGUUAGUACUUGUUACAACUUGAUCUCUUGUACUGUGUUGCUCCUAUUGUUUAAAGCCUUCACCGUCUAAAGAUUUCUCCGCCUGAACAGGGACUUGAACCCUGGACCCUCAGAUUAAAAGUCUGAUGCUCUACCGACUGAGCUAUCCAGGCUCUGUAAAGGACUGAAAAACGUUUCAAUCUCUGCGUGUCAAGUCAUUGUGUCUCCUAUUAAGUUUGCUAAUGCAAGGAUCAGAGUUUUUGCAGUGUGGAGCAACAUCAGGUCCUUGUUUUGUAGUUUGACGGACCUCACCUACUCUCUUCCAGCAGCCGCUUGUUUGUAGCAAGACCUCAGGCCAGUCUAUCACGGACUACAUUGGGGUGACACAGCUCAAGGAAGAACACUUUUGAUCAUUACUUAAUCAUUUCCUUGAAGUAAUAAUCAUCAUAUUAAUCAUUUUGCACUGCAGACGCAGUAGUUCUUCUGCCUUAGCGUCUCGGUCUGAUUGCAUUUCCAUGAAGAAAUGAUCAUAAAUGUUCUUCCUUGAGCUGCAUAACCCCGCUGUAGUCCGUAACGGACUGGCCUGAGAUCUCGCUACAAACAAGCGGCUGCUGGAAUACAGUAGGUGAGUUGUGUUUAGUCUCUUUGCCAAAGAAAUCAGGCAAAGUUAAAAAGAUGUUUGAUAGCUAGUACUAUGGCUGGGACCCUAUAUGUACUUUUGAUGAAGUUAGGUGCUGGACAGAGAGCUGCGUGGUUGAAUCAGCGUGGCGCCAUGAACACACAUUGCAUGCAAAUCCAAAAAGAGAAAAGUGAAUUAUUUUUUAAACUACAAAACAAGAACCUCAAGUUGCUCCACACUUCAAAAAUUCAGAUCUUAGCUUCAGCAAACUCAAAAGAAGGCAAAAAGACUUGACACGGCAAAAUUGACACCUUUUUCAGCAGUCUACAGAGCCUGGAUAGCUCAGUCGGUAGAGCAUCAGACUUUUAAUCUGAGGGUCCAGGGUUCAAGUCCCUGUUCAGGCGAGAUUGACCUUUAGAAAGUACUACCUUUGAACAAUAGAACCUGCUCUGCUCAUCACGUCAAGUUGUAUGAGCCACAAGUACUAACACAAUCGGAAGUUGAAGAACAGCCAGCCAAUUUCCCAAUGCUUAACCCUAAAAUGCUAACCCAUGUGCUAGCUAACUAACCAGCUAGUUGACCCGCCCGCUUUUUUUGAGUUCCGUUUUUGAUUAUUUUGUCCUUUUUUAUAAAAGAUAACUUUGAAUCAUCAUGUCCCAUUCAACCAGUCUUUUCUGGGAGGUCUGUGAGGUCCAUCAUCCUGUAGGUUCCUCUGGACCUCUGCUGCUGCUGACUGCUUUCCAGCUGCUUUAAAGGGGUAUUCAGGAAAAUAUAAUUUCUUCAUGGAAAUGCAAUUAGACUGAGACGCUAAGACAGAAGAACUACCGUUUCUCUCCACUAUGAUGAUUAUUACUUCAAGGAAAUGAUAAAGUAAUGAUCAUAAAUGUUCUUCCUUGAGCUGCAACACCCCGCUGUAGUCUGUAAUAGACUGGCCUGAGGUCUCACUACAAACAAGCCUUUGUGUACCUCCUCAGUGAAAUAUCAUGGUCAGAUCAGUUCAACAAUAAUCGCACAAUCAUGUCAACACACUACGGCCAUCCAUGACGCCUAAUCCACUCAGCUAUCCCAGGCUUACAGUCACCAGAGUAUUAUUCAUUGUACAUUUUGUUUCUUGUCUGCAGAGAUGUGUUGCCCUUACCACUGGAGCUACCUGACGCCAUCGCCAGAGCCACAACACACAGGCAACUGGAGGCUAUUUCACACAUGGGACAAGGUGCAGUGACUCCAGAUCGCUCUUCUAACUGAGUUAGAUAUUUUACGUUUACUUUAGUUGGUCCACCUCUAGUCUGAAUAGAAAUAUAGCACCCUAAAACCCUAAAAUGAAUGCUCCUGUGAGGAGUCUUUCCUUUUUCGACUGAAACUCACACUGACAAACAAGACCGUCAGGAACAAGAUUGACAGUUAAAGUUCAUUUUAAAUACCUGAGAUAAGUCGCAGCAAAUCAAACUUUUACCAAAAUACCAAAACUAAAUAGCGAUGUUGUCAUAAAAUGGUGCAAACGUACUUAAACGCACUUGAUUUGAUGAGAUAUACCAGGGUCAAAGCAUCUCCACCAUGAUCUGAGUUGCUAAUGCUAAUCCAGCUACAGCUACUCCCACACUCCUGUUUCUGUUUACAUCCCAUGUCAUAUAGCAGUCAGCCUUUUCUUGGCAUGCGGCUAAAGAAUCAGAUCUUACACUCUGUUUUGUCUCUAACUUUCAGAUCUAGCGGUCUUAGCUAGCGUUGAACUGGCAGCAGUUUGCGCAUCCUUGCUAGCUUGACGGUAGCUUCUCAUUUUUGCUCACAGUCACUCUCAUCUUUGUUACUUCUUCAGUGAGUUUGAGAAAUUCAGCCGCAGAGAUGUUUAAAAAGCCUUUCUUCAUCAUCAGCGAGUGUGAGAAAGUUGAGGAGGACUCGCAGGCUAAAGAAACCACCGAGUGACUGCCAGCUUGUAUCUAUUUUAGCAUGGUAGCAUGUACUGAUACGACUCAGCAGCAGAGAGCGAGGUGUGACUUCGAGAUGGCUAAAAAUGACACGCAGUAUGUGUCAGUGUAAAGAUUCAACACUUUCUCUCCACACUUCUGCUCCUCUAGUAAAGCUACAGUGAAAUAUUAAAGACAUUUUAAAGACGGCACUUUGAUUUCUUGCGUCUAGGAACAGAUAUAAGCAGAUUGGUUGGUCCGCUAUUUUUAAAUGCGUUCCUGAAAAUCUAUCUGAACUCUACCCCCAGAUUUCUGGAACGCCCCGACUGCUUCGGAGAUCCAAAAUGGCCCGAUUGACCUGGUUCCAUCAACCAGCAGCAGCAGCCAGAAACCGCUAACCCUAGACCAGUGUACCCUGCUGACACGGGGCCGACAGGGCAAACUUUGCUUUAUUAACCCACUCUUCCUACAGCUGGAGGUUGCCAAGGUUAGUAGUGGUUUUAUGAGCUUCCAUCCUAGUGGUCUUUAUGGGAAGUCUGGGAAUUAUCAAGCAAUAGAAGCGAAUUUAAAAAGUGUGUGUGAGGUGUCUAAAAAGUUGACUUUAUGAUGUCCUUCUAGACCCACUUAUCAGACUGUUUAUAUAUUUACCAUGCGCCUCUCACUCUACUUCACUCUCCUUGAAAAAUAAACACCUCAAAAAGCCUUGAAAGUCCUUACAGCUUAACCAUUGACUCAUCUUGUCAUUUCUGCAGCAGCCACAACUCGUAAACCACAGUGCCUCUAAUAAACGGCACCGCUUCAAGCGCAGCAUGCGGCUCCGGCUUUCCGAGUCCUCCAUGAACCUGUCCCUGGAGGGCGUGGGCUCCUACUCCCCUCCCAUGUCUCUGGAGCUGCCCUUCCAGUCAGAGAGGCUCCAGAAGGCUGGAACCAACCAACAGAGAAGAGUUCACCCAGGGGCCGGGGUCCUGAGGAGAACUCCCGCUGUUUCGCCUGGAUCCACAGAGGAAGACGACAUGAUGCCGGUCCACAUGCCCCAAGUAAUUCAUGCUAACAUAUUUGGAUCUUUAAGGGAUAUUCUGGUGUAAAAUUAAUUUAGGGUCAAACACACCAUAACACCGAGUUAGAGAUAAAUGUUGCCGACCGCUUGCUUCUCUAGUUAUACCAACUUUAGUAACUACCGCACGAUAGCAAUACACAGCGGUCUGAGGAGCCAUAAACAAACCUCAACCAAAACGCCACUCUAUAGCCACAAAUAAUGCUCAGAACAGCACCUAACUUCAUCAACAGGACAUAUAGGGUCCCAGCCAUAGUACUAGCUGCCAAACAUCUUUUUAACUUUGCCUGAUUUCUUUAGCAAAGAGACUAAACACAACUCAUCUACCCUCUUCCAGUAGUUACUUGUUGGUUGCGAGACAGCGGGGUGACGCAGCUCAAGGAAGAACAUUUAUGAUCAUUUCUUGCGAUCAGACCGAGAUGCUAAGGCAGAAGAACUACUGCGUCUGCAGUGCAAAAUGAGUAAUUUGGUGAUUAUUACUUCAAGUAAAUGAUAAAGAAAUGAUCAUAAAUGUUCUUCCUUGAGCUGCAUCACCCCACUGUAGUCUGUAAUUGAGUGGCCUAAGGUCUCGCUACAAACAAGCGUCUGCUGGAAGAGAGUGGGUGAGGUCCAUCAAACUACAAAACAAGGACCUUAUGUUGCUCCACACUGCAAAAACUCAGAUCCUUGCAUUAGCAAACUCAAAAGAAGACACAAAGACUUGACACGACCAAAUUGACACCUUUUUCAGCACUCUGUAGAGCCUGGAUAGCUCAGUCGGUAGAGCAUCAGACUUUUAAUCUGAGGGUCCAGGGUUCAAGUCCCUGUUCAGGCGAAGAAUCUUUAGACGAUAAAAGCUUUAAACAACAGCAGCAGCUCAGUACAAGAGAUCAAGUUGUAUAAACCACAAGUACUAACAUGACCAAGAACUUGGAAUAGCUGCGAGUAGUACCUCUCUCACUUCCUCACGCCAAACCCCAGAAUGAUCAUUUCUUCAUGGAAAUGCGAUCAGACCGAGAUCCUAAAGCAGAAGAACUACAGCGUCUGCAGUGCAAAAUGAUUCUUGUGUUGAUUAUUACUUCAAAGUAAUGAUCAUAAAUUUUCUUCCUUGAGCUGCGUCACCCCGCUGUAGUCUGUAAUGGACUGGCCUGAGGUCUGGCUACAAACAAACUUCUGCUGGAAGAGAGUGGGUGAGGUCCAUCAAACUACAGAACAAGGACCUGAUGUUGCUCCACACUGCAAAAACUCAGAUCCUUGCAUUAGCAAACUUAAUAGAAGACACAAAGACUUGACACGACCAAAUUGACACCUUUUUCAGCACCCUCCAGAGCCUGGAUAGCUCAGUCGGUAGAGCAUCAGACUUUUAAUCUGAGGGUCCAGGGUUCAAGUCCCUGUUCAGGCGGAGAAACCUUUAGGAGGUAGAAACUUUAAACAAUAGCAGCAACUUAGUACAUGAGAUCAAGUUGUAUAAACCACAAGUACUUACACGACCAAGAACUUCGUAUCAUCAUAAAUGUUCUUCCUUGAGCUGCUUAACCCCGCUGUAGUAUGUAAUGGACUUGCCAAGGACUCACUACAAACAAUGGGUCCUCACCCCAUCAGACUACUUUGUCCCAUUUUUGCCUGAUAUGUGCAGUCAGGGUAGAUUAGUGCCAGGACUCUUCUACUACUGAGCCAUGUUGUUGCAAAACCUGCAAGACAUCCCCUGAAACAGGUAUAGUCCUCUGAUUUAAAAAGGUUUUACAACAGCAUGGCUCAGAAGUAGAAGAGUCCUGGUGCUAAACUAGCCACAGAGGAAAUGUCUUUUUUUCCCAGUUCCCCACAUUUCUUGAUCGUUUUUUUUUCUGAUUUACUGACCAGGAAGUGACCUUUUUUUCAAAAAUGUGUAGAAUCUUGAAUCCAGUGCUGUUGAAAAAAUAACCUCUCUCAUUCUUGUCAAGACAUCUACAAAGGUGGAGGAGUCUUCUCAGCUCCAGCAGGCCGCCCAGAAAACCGAGCCAAGCACUGAGGUGACAGCUCUGGCCCUGGAACGCCGCCCAGCACCGUCCUUGGCUGAGCUCGACAGCAGCAGCUCCUUCAGCAGCAUGGACGAGGACAAUGACUCAGAUUCAGAUCCAGAAAGCAUGGCUCGAACCCAAUUUCACAUGUAUCCACGCCCACCGCUGGUGCGAUCUCGAGGACGUGGUGGGCUGCACCGUAUGAGCGAGGCGUUUGUGUGUUUCUUCGCUCCGGAUAAGCGGCUGACGCGACUGGUGGAGGAGCUCUCCAGAGACAGGCGCUCUAUCUUUGGGGGCAUGGUUCAGGACUUCCUUCUGGCACAGAGGGAGGUGCUCAAAUCCCUAGCUUCCUCUCCGUCCUCGACUUCAUCACGUGUGACCUCUGUGCAGCUCCUGCAGGGUCUACGCCUCUUUUUGUCCCAGGCAAAGUGCUGCCUGCUGGACAGUGGCGAGCUGGAGCCUCCCAUCGAAACCCUGGUGCCAGAGAAUGAGAAAGGUAAAUUAAAAACCUGUGUGACAAAUGAGUAAAUAGUAAAUUAGGAUCUGAUUCCUGAAAACAGAGGGACUGAAAGCAACUGGUGGCUGACCUUGAAAUUUCUUUCUAUCUCGAAGGAAAAGGAACAAAGUUAUUGAGUUUUACGGACAUAUGAACACUAGCUGAAAGUUAAAAGUAAAGUUAACUUAAGUCGAGUUACAGUCAUAGUCUGAUUUAAGUGGACUGCUAUCCUUGUCCCAGACUACAAGCACCAGGCAAGAUUCUGUUUAUUGGCAGAAGCAUGUGAACCUCCACUACACUAGGUGGCGACAUGCCCCCUUUAAAAUAGAUGGUAGUUUCCAGAGGUGAGGACUUGACGACUCGACUUGAGACUCGACUUGGACCUGAGUCCCGUUUUUGACUUGCUUGAUGAAAUCAAGAAAUAACUUGGACUCGCUUGGGACUUGAUUGCUAAAGACUUGAGACUUGACUUGACUUGAGCCCAGUGACUUGAAAAGUCAAGUCACUUAAUACCUUACAGGACUGAACAUAAAUUGAAAAAUGCUCAUGAUUUAUGUAAAUCUUUACAUAUAACAAAUGGUUUAUGGCUUUGAUAUGACUUGUUUUUGACUUAAAAGAAACAGUAAGGACUUGGUUGGGACUCGAAGCAAAAUUCCUAGGACUUGGUUGGGACUUGAAACAAAAAGUUCAGGACUUGGACUUUACUUGAGACUUGUCUGUGUUGACUUGGACUUGCCUCGGACUUGAGAGCAAAGACUUGAGACUCGACUUGGACUUGACUUGAGAGCAAAGGACUUGGACUUGACUUGAGACUUGUCUGUGUUGACUUGGACUUGACUUGAGACUUGUCUGUGUUGACUUGGACUUGAUUUGAGACUUGAGCGCAAAGGACUUGGACUUGCCUUGGACUUGAGAGCAAAGACUUGAGACUCGACUUGGACUUGCAACAUAAGGACUUUCCCCCACCUCUGGUAGUUUCACUUUUUAAAUUACAUUAUGGGGAAAAAAUGAACUUUUUCAGGACGUUGGAACUUUGUGAACUGCACCUGGAUUUCAGUUCUUCUACAGGAAACCCUUAAAAACAAACCCAUUAAUAUAUUAAAAAAGUGAGCCGACACAGUUUAGAUUGCAAAGAUUGUUUAAAAAAAGCCUCUAAAUCACAUCUCUAUGACGUGCUGGUUUACAUAUCCGGCUCCACCGUCUUUGAGUUUUCUCGUAUGCAUGCGUGAUUAGUUUAUCGCAUCAAAACAAGGCAGCAUCGAGUGCAGCGGGGGACUGGAGGAGAGAGACUGUACUAUUAGAAAACACAAAUUCAAUAGAGCGCGGUGCCAAAGGACGCAGGUCUAUGGAAACAGACAGCCUUUCUGAUAAAUGGUGGGCUGCCCAGGCUUUAGUGAAAGGCACUGUCAACACUAAGUAGUUUGCGUGGGGGGCCAGAGCCUCAUUCAGUGGAGCUCAUAUUGUCUCUGGUAUUUAGAAAACAGCAUUAGGAAAGCCCUGCCUGACGCGCCUGCACUCACAUCCAUGGCGGAGUGUGAUUCUUCUUCUUAUUGUGAGGACGUCGCAGGGUGUUACUUUGGAAGGAUUCGAGUUAGAUCCUUUGACACGGUCCUGUGCGUAGGUUUUUUUUUUUUCUUUUUUGGUCUCCUUUUGUGUGCGGGCUGAGUUUGCGCUCCGCAGGUGUGUUUGUGUGUAAAUGUGUGAUGAUGGAUGGUUGCCUGGCAGUGCAGAGAGAGAGAGAGAGAAGGAGAGAGUGCUCGGCCGCUGCCUUCCUUCCUCCCUUCCUUCCUCCCUCCCGCCCUUUCUUCCUGCGCUGCGAGUCUGAUUUAUCUCGCAUUGCGUCGGUGGGAGGCAUUUGCAUUUUUUUUUUCUCCCCCUCGUUUAUCAUAAAAAGAUAUCACCGUCCCACGCUCACUUGAAGAGCAGCACGAUUCAGGCGAGGGUGGGAGGGAGGGAUAGAAAUAGGAAGGAUACUCAUAAAAUGUAAUCAGUUACAGAUCUCUGGGUGAUAGCUUAAAAAGUCUGCUUUUUUUUCACCACGGGACGGGAACUGUGAAAACUGUAAUCGCAUUACAAGUAAUCCGUUACUCUCCUGAGCUGGGAAGAGAGAGAGGCAUGCUGGGAGGAGGGGGAGGAGGAUGGAUGAUGUGAAUGAUGAAUCACAGGGGGCUAUGAUAUAGUAAGGUAGAUAGGGGGAGAUGUUGGGGGACUAUACGGGAGGGAUAACGAAGGAUGGAGUGGAAGAAGAGGAGGAUAUUGAUGAUGAGUGGAAAAACAGUGAGCGCUGGAGGAUUGUAACCACUUAGUCAGGACUGCCCACUGACUGCAGGAGACUCACUGUUUGUGUGUUUUCACGUGUGCGUGUGUAACGUAUCCACAAGUUUUGUUGUUGCCAGGCAGGCAUGAAAAAAAAAAAAGAAGUGCAUCCAUACUGCUCGUUUAUCAGGCAAAACAAAGAGCGGGGCGUUAGCUUGGCGGCUCCACAUUAGAGACCAUAGACUGUAUAUACUAUGAACAACUUGGUUCCGCCUUCCGCCAGGGAUUUGAAGUCAAAAAGCUCUCGCCAAUUCCGCGUUCGGGAGAGUCGCCGAGAGUCGCUGUGAUGACGCUCGACUCAAACAGUGUAUCCCCCCCAAGGUGAGCCACGCAAUCCCUGAACACCCAUAGGCUGUAUCAAGUGUCAAUCACAGAAAACAUGAACCCCCUAAUAACCAAUCUUACUGUAACUACAUGUCAACAUCGUUUACAUGGGGCAUUCACAUGUGGAGUCCGUCAUUUUAUCCCGAGCGCAGGUGGGCACGCCCCGCGCCGAACCCCUGCAGAGGGCUCCGCGGCCGACCAUAGCAGAUGAGAGCUGUCGAAAUGACGGGACGUUUGAUAGCAUGGUAACAUACCGCCACCCCGACAAUUAGAGACCAAUGGCGGGAUGUCGGAAUGGCGGUUUCCCCCCGUCAACAUCGCAAGGAGGGGGGAGAAAAAUUUGUAUUCUGUGUUAUAAAUUUGUAAAGUUUGUCCACAGCUCCAUAGGGAUUGCUGGAGGAGGCAGGAUUUGUGGCCUAUACUACAGCCUGUCACUAGAGGGUGCUGUUCUCGGAGUGGCGAGAAGGCAGACGGCGUCCAUUCUAUAUACAGUCUAUGUUAGCGACACUGUGCGUGAUUUAAAAAAGACACACACACAAGACAUUAAAAAAGGCUUUAAAACAAGGCCGUAAAGUGAACGAACUUAUCGCUAAUAUCUAACUGAUUAGUUCAGUUACGCCACUGGACACAAGCCAAAAACUAUGGUAGUGCCAAAUCUGCUAAUGAGUUUAUCAUAAAGCAUCUUAAAGGUGAGGAAGGCAGGAUCUGAGGAAGAGACAGUUUUUAGGAGAAAUCUUGAAUGUAAACUCUACCCCUCCAAACCAGUUUUCCCCUCAGCUCCUCCUCUCCCCUCCCUCUCUGCUCCAGCAAGCCCCGCCCACAAACAGACGCUCCUGCUCACUCAAAUCAUUUCAAUUAACUUCAGAUAUAAUGCAGAUAAAUACUUUAGAUAAUUACAAAUGGGGCCCAGUCAAGGUGAAAGUCAAAAGCAUUGGUGCUACUGUAGAUGCCAACAGACUACCAGCAAACACAAUGUUUGCAGGACUUCUGCAACUAGGAUAAAGUGACAUAGUCCAGGACCCGAGGUCAACAGUUUAGCGGCGCUACAACACGCUACAGCAGGUCCGUUUGACAAGAAACACUUCUGUCACAGACACUUGUCUUACUUUGUUAAAGCGGUUUACCUGUCCAGCAGAAAGGUUACAAGGUCACCAAGAUCCCGAAGCGUCCUCCAUCUUCAUUGAUGUUGACCCGGCUUUUUUAGCUCUUGUCGGGUCUACCUCCUCUCUAAGCGCCCGUUAUUCCACCAGAGUCUCCGGUAUUUACUUUGUUUUCUUGCUUGUGUUGGCAGUCAUAGCCAAAGGAGAAUUCAGACCAUUUUCUGUAUUUUCUGGUUGGUUUCUACUGUCCGAUAUUGUAGCAUGCUAACUUUGUUUGGGCUCAUUCAUUCUUUAAAAAUGCCCUCAGGUCCCUCUUAUCCACGUCAUGGUUAAAUGAGCCGACUCGAAACUGUCUGACUCCAGAUAUAUUUUCAUUUUCUAAUGUUUAACGGUUCAGAAAUACUCUUUUUCUCAAAAGGCUGGACAUAAAACAUGAACGCCUGUGCAAAUGAUGCAACCCAACGCAGCAGCCGUGCAAGAAAUCCCACCUUUAAAUCGCUAAAAUGUUUAUUUUCGUCAAAAGUGUUGGUUCGAGGCGUUUUAUGCACACUUCCAUCGCAGUGAUAAGCAUACCUGUCUGUCUGGGCCUUUUGCCAGUGCCUCUGGAUAUGUAGACACAUCCUCAACUUGUGAAUGAUGAAAUAAGCAAAUCCAAAAGCAGAUCUCGUCUCUCACUUUCAUUGUCGUCCCUCUGUCCUCAGAUCUGGCGCUGGAGCGAGCCAUCUUCUCCUGUGUGCUCAGGCCUCUGAGGUCCUGCCUGGAUAAAGCUCUGGUGGAGUUGCACAAUCAAGACGGCUCCAGCCAGCGUCUCACUCAAAACCUGCUCCGUCUGAGGGGGGACGCAGCCAUGGAGCGGCUCGGCGUACGGACGGGCGUCCCCGACAGCCGCGAGGUGGAGAGGGUGAAGCAGAAGCUUAUCCUGAUGCAGCGGACGCACUCGCCCAUCGACAAGGUGCUGCUGCUGCUGCAAGUCUGCAAGUGCGUCCACAAGGCCAUGGGGUCCUUACACGGUGAGUCAACAACAGAGGAGAGCGUCUUCUCACUUUGGACAGCUCUGCACUUCAGACAUAUUGAGACUGUGAGAUCCGCACUAGACCUGUCUGCUUCUCAUCACGACCUGCUGCGGAUAGGAAAAAAAAUCAAUGUGUUAUUGUGUCCGAACAGUUGGAUAUUGUGUGAAAAUCUGGAACGGGUGUACAACAACUUAUUUCAGAUCUCUAAAUGAGUCUCUUCUGGAGCUGCUCUGAUCCAAAUCUAAACUCCCACAGUCGCCUAAACAUUAUUUUUUUCACAUGAUGUUCCAAAUUUGUCCCGUUCCUCAUCUUUUAUCACAAACAUUAAAGGGAUAUUCCGUCAUUAAAUUAAGUUAGGGUCAAACACACUGUAACACCGAGUUAGACACCCCCUCAAGAGAUGAAUGUUGCCAUCUCUAGUCACGACCACACGAUAGCAAUACACAGCGGUCUGAGGAGCCAGUUAGCUAACUAGCUAGCACAUGGAUUAGCAUUUUGGGGUUUAGCGUCAGGAAGUGAGCUGGCUGUUAUUCAACUUCCUGUUUGUGACAAUACUUGCAGUUCAUACAAUCUGAUGUCAUGUACUGAGCUACCACUAUUGUCUAAAGGUCACUAUUGUUUUAAAGGUAAAGAUUUGUGUCGCCUGAACAGGGACUUGAACCCUGGACCCUCAGAUUAAAAGUCUGAUGCUCUACCGACUGAGCUAUCCAGGCUCUGGAUAGUGCUGAAUAGCAAUACAAACAGUUGCGAGGAGCCACGCUCAAACCUCAACCAAAACACCACUCUAUAGCCACAAAUAAUGCUCAGAACAGCACCUAACUUCAUCAACAGGACAUACAGACUGCAGCGGAGUUUCGCAGCUCAAGGAAGAACAUUUAUGAUCAUUUCUUCAUGGAAAUACAAUCAGACCGAGACUGUAAGACAGAAGAACUACCGCGUCUGCAGUGCAAAUUGAUUAAUAUGGUGAUUCUUACUUCAAGGAAAUGAUAAAGUAAUGGUCAUAAAUGUACUUCCUUGAGCUGGACACCCCACAGCAGUCCGUUAAUGACUGGCCUGAGGGCUUGCUACAAACAAGCAGCUGCUGGAAGAGAGUAGGUGAGUUGUAUUUAGCCUCUUUGCUAAAGAAAUUGGUAUAACUAGAGAAGCAACCGGUCGGCAACAUUCAUCUUUUGACGGGGUGUCUAACUCAGUGUUACUGUUUGUUUGACCCUAAAUUAAUUUUACGCCUUAAUAUCCCUUUAAUAGGCGUUAAAAUGUGAAGCAGAAGAGCACAGGUUUAAACACUCCAUCUCUCAUUCUCUUUUCAGGACAGGAAGUGGGCUGGGAUGACUUCCUGCCGUCGCUCUCAUACGUGCUUGUGGAGUGUAACAGGCCUCACAUCCUGAUCGAGGUGGAGUACAUGAUGGAGUUGCUGGAGCCAUCCUGGCUCGGAGGAGAGGGUGAGACCUGCUCUCAGAGGUCAUUUCAUUUCAUUUAUUUAGAUCUUCAUUAGCUUUAGCCAAGGCCAUCCCUGUUCUUCCUGGAGUCUACAUUCACAAUUAGCUCUCUAAGGAUAACCCUUUUAUUCUUUGAAUCAAGGUGGGUACUACCUGACCAGUGUGUACGCCAGCCUGUGUCUGAUCCAGAGCUUGGACCGCGAGCAGCCGAUCUCGGGCUGCCUGACGCCGGAGGCCCAGGACGCUCUGAAAGAGUGGAGCAGCAGACGCAGCCGAGAGGCUCAGAGACAAAAAGAAAGCAUGCAGAACCAAGUAGGUGUUCUCCAGAUGUUGUGAUCGUAGUAGUGCUCCUCGGAAACACUGGCGGUGUUAUAGUAUGUGUGGGUUUGUGGAGUGAUCUACUUUAUAGCUGCCACACAUAGCUGCCCAGUGUGAAGUGCUGAUUGAUGCGCAGACAAAAGGAACUCCUGCUUAUUAUGCAGUGAAACAGUUCUAUGGGACACUCUCCACGGUACUCAAAGAGUGACAGCAUGUAAAAAUAAACAAGGAAACGUGACGUUUUCAGUCUAAAUUUGUAGUCCGUGACGAACCAUAUGUUUCCCAUCUCUUCUUUUAAACUGCAUGUUGCGGCGUUUGAGAGCGUUUUCCAAUUACAUGCGAAGUGAUGCCGUAAAGAGAAGAGUGGGGCAAAGCUUUCGAAAACAUAUGCUGGAACAUGAAAUUGGUUUCAGGUGGCUGAAUGUGGAUCAAAGGCUGUAAAAUACUACAACCACUUAUGUAAUGUUGGUUACCAGCAGCAGUUCCUCACUGGCCUUUAUUGGAGGUGUUACCAACGGGGGCCAAAGAGUGUUUUCCAAAUAGUUUCUCCUGGUGUUUAUUUGUAUCUCCAUUAACUGUUGCCGUAGCAACUAUUGCUGGGGUUUUUUGGUGGUUGUGUAUUGUUUUAGAUGGAGUUUGUGCUGUUUUACUCCACCAAAGUAAUUACACCAAACUGGGGAAGGUAUGGUGAAACAACUCUUUUUAAAGUUUUUCAUUAUUUUUCAAUAUUUCAAAUAUUUUAAAAAUUCUUUGUUGUCAAGGAAAGUUAAUAAUAAAAGUAAAUUGAUACAUAAAAGAACUUCACUCAUCCUCAAAAGGAACUUUAAUUUGAUUGAACACUUUUAAAAACACUUUUGUCUUGAAGACUUUUAAGAUCAACAGCAUUUUUUUUUUUUACAGUUGAGAAUAUAUCAUGAUAUAUUAAUGUACAUCAAACUAUCUGUUAGUUUAUAAAGUUAGAAAUAAACAAAAAUUUUGACUGGGAAACAUGUUUAAGGACUUUCACUGAGCGCUAAGAUUUUCCUUGGCAGGACUUAAAACUGUGAGUUUUGUUCUAUAAAUGUCAGAUUAGCUUCUGCAAAGCUCCUUUUUUAGGGGUCUACCAGAAUAUUUAUGGUUUUAGUGUUCUUCCCUCAAGUAGCAACCUACAUUUAAUGACCUUUCCCUAAGACCAUUCUUCUUUCUCCUCACUUUGUGGAGAUCGCACUAUAGGUCCAUGAUUGCUAUAUAAACGAGGUUCAGAAUAAUUACCAAUCUCUCCAAUCGUCAACCAGGCCUUUAAACACAGAAAAAUCCAAUUUUUAACUGAUCAGUCCUUUUAAGUCAGGAAUUCAAAUAAAUUCAUACUGUCUAUAUAGACUACAAAAACUACUUAUAACUGUAAAAGGUUUUUUACAACGACAAAAAAAGUUCUUUUACUGUUCAACAUUCCGAAGAUCAAAGAAAUUUAAUGACAAAAAAGAUCAAGGAAAUUUAAUGACAAAAAAGUUCUUUUGCUGUUAAACAUUCCGAAGAUCAAAGAAAUUUAAAAUCAAAGGCACUUUUUUAAAUUUAAUUUUUUUUUAACAGUUGGUAGAACAUCAUGAUAUAUUUCUGUAAAUCAAACUACCUGUUGGUAUAUAAAGUUAAAAAUAAAUAAAAUUUUUGACAGGGGAAAAAAUGUUUAAGGACUUUAACUGAGCGCUGAGAUUUUUCUUGGCAGGACUUAAAACUGUGAGUUUUGUUCUAUAAAUGUAGGAUUAGCUUCUGCAAAGCUCCUUUUUUAGAGGUCUACCAGAAUAUUUCUGGUUUUGGUGUUCUUUGCUCAAGUAGCAACCUACGUUUAAUGAUCUUUCCCUAAACUCCGAAACUGAAAUCGUUUAAAGCAGACACCUGAAACCAACGCUUUCCGUCCUUCAUAUCUUAUUCUUUUCCGCUUUUAAAAUUAUUUAAGUCACAAACUGCAACAGAAAAUGGUGAUAAUCCAUCCAAAGAGGUCAGAUUUUACAUUGAUUACACUGAUGGCAUUGUGGACUGAGCCACGCCAGAUUAUCCGACACUCAGGGGAUAUUAGCAGGUGGGUUAAAGGGGGGGGAGUCUGACCCAUAUUUGAAUCUCAGGUAUUACAGAACCUGUUUGGGAGGUUAAGACUGUUACAUUAUUUCAGGGGUAAUGCAAAGAGGUUUCCAGUUGAACCAAAGGUCACCCAUCAAAAGCCAGACACAACAACUGGAUUUCCCUCCUUUGCCCGGAAACCGUUUGAACAUUCAUUUCAGGGGAUUACUUUUUAGAUAUCUUUUCAGACUAAUCCGCCGGUGUGGCACCGCCAGCUUAUGUCAGGGCAUCCACUAAUGCUCACGCACACUUUGACAUUUACCUACACUCUCCUAUCCUCGCUCCCCGGCCCCUAGAUUGGUAAACCGGUCCGCCAGAUGCCAUGGAAAAAAAGGCAUUGUCAUCCACAACGUUUCUGUCUCGUCACGUGGUUCCUCUCCUGGCUUCAAAUAGCCGAUCUAACUCACCCGGCAGCCAGAUUUUCCACUGACACAGGCGGGGAUCAGUGAGCCAAGUGCUAUGAAGAAGUGGGCGGUCAGAUAACAUGAAAUUUAUUGAGCCGCAUCUACCCAUCGAAGCAGGCAAACACAAUAUGCACACGGACAGCGAGGAGCUCAGUGACUCUGUAAGUUUGAUGAUGGCAGACCUGUUGAUUCUAAUUGAUGGUUGUGUGUUUUUUCCCUCUUUUUUUAAAGGGCGUUUUGAGCACUCUUGCAUGUGUGUGUCGGUGGGGUAGUUGUGCGCUCGGAUAGGCUCUGUGGCGUGUGUGUGUGUGUUUGUGAGUGUGUGUGUAACUCCUUAAGGCUGAAUGUUUGGAUAAAAGGAUUUUUUUGUUCUGUAUGUUUUCAUUGUGUGUAUUUUAAAGAGAGUUGUGAGGGCGUCUGUAGGUGGCUGAAUCCAUUAUUAUAUAAUCGCUCAGGUACAGCACAAUUGCCGGUAAGUGUUUGAAGAGUGGCGAUUGUUUAGACAGAGGAGUUAUUUUGCGUGUUUGAUUGAAAAUGUCGGAAAAGUUGAAGUUUUGGCUUUGGAAGCGGAAGGGAAACUUUGCCAAAACAUCAGAGUGAGAGUGGAUUUUUACGGAUUAGAUGAGAACAGUUUGGAUGUGGAUUUUUUUUGAUUUAUUGAAGCGGUGACAUACAAGAGAGAGAGAAAAAGCAUUAAGAGGUGAUUUUAUCUGCAGCUCUCGGACCUGCUGGUUGUGUGUGUGGGAAGCAGGAGCUUUGUUUUCAGGGAGAAUAUCUUUUAUGAACAUGAUUUGGGUUCAUUUGUUGUAGUGGAUUAUCUGCCUGUGCGCCUGCACGGCUCUCACUCCUCCUCUGGCUCCAUCUCUCUCCUCCCCCUCUUUUGCCCUCACUCCAUAAGCCUCUUGACCUCUGUUUUGCAUGAAUACAGUAUAUAUUCACUCUUUUUUUCUCUCUCUCUUUCUCUCCUCUCCCUCCUCUCCCCUCCCCUCAGAGGUGCGUUCGGAUACUGUUCCAGGACGGGGAGCGGAGCGCCGUGCGGACGUUGCAGUGGAGAGCCGGUGAAACCAGCCAGGCCCUGGCGCAGCUGUGCGCCUCCACUUUCGGAGUGUCCGACCCGCAGCAAUACACCCUGUACUGGCGCAGCGGCGGCGAGAUGCGGGCCCUGCCGCCUCAGGCCCAGCCCCAGGACCUCGCCAGCCACAGCGAAGGAGGCCCCUCGCUCUCCUACCUGAGGACCGACCACGACUUCAGCAAGAUGCGGCGGCUCACUCGAGGUGGCGCCGUGGACCUGAGCGAGUCGGUGUGUGAGGAGUGA